CGUUCCUCCCAACGCUAUCUUAGUCCCCAAGUCAUACAUAUACCGUCGCAUACAAUCACUCAUUUUUCCAUUCUACAAAGAAUAAUGGCGGCCAGAAUUCCCCGUAACUUCCGCCUCCUAGAAGAGCUGGAGAAAGGAGAGAAAGGCAUAGGAGAUGGCAGUUGUUCGUAUGGUCUCAUGGAUGGCGACGAUAUAAUGAUGAGCAACUUGGAAUGGAACAAUUCUUGGCCCGGGACACGUAUGUGCUUCCAGUUAACUGUCCACGAGAACCGUAUCUACAGCCUGAAGAUCCAUUGUGGUAACGAUUACCCCGAAAAGCCACCCACCAUCGAUGGCAAGAUUGAUCCUAUGAAGCUCAAUGUGCUCUCUCAGUGGGGGCGGGACAGUAGUAUCGAGACCAUCCUCGUUGGUGUCAGGAGGGAGAUGGCGACAGCCAACAAUCGGAAGCUUCUCCAGCCUCCAGAAGGGAGUACCUUCUAGAGUCACUUUUAUCAUUCGAAGAUGGACUAUCAGCUGGUGGCUUGCAAUGUACAACACAAAUUAUACAAGACGAAAGUGUACCUCAAUGACUCCGAGGCAUUAAUAUUUGCUAACGGGGCAAUAUAUGACAUGUCAGAUCUAA